AUGACAUUGCAUGAUGGGAAUGAUAGCCUCCUUACAACCGUCAACCCAAACACAGACAAUACCCCAGAUGAUCAGGGCCAGACACCGCGGAACCAGGCCCAGGCAGCCUUCGUCCAGGCAUCUCAACAUCAUUCCCUGAAGCACCAUCUUCUCGGUCCUUCUUUGACCAAGGCCGGGCAAGAUGCGGUCGAUCAGAAGAAGGUCUCCGAAAUCAUUUACGAGGCCUCCAAGGGCUCGAAGUUCUUCAACAAUGAAGAAGUCAAGGACAGGAAUUUGACUGUCAAGAUUGAGCAGAUUCUCAAAAAGAAGGCACAACUGGAGAAGCUUGACCUCAAGACGGAUUUGCGCCGGGCAGAUGAUUACAUUGCGUCCCUCGAGCUGGCAAGAGACCUGUCACAGUAUGUCGUGCACAUUGAUUGCGAUGCCUUCUAUGCCGCCGUCGAAGAAAUUGAUCGACCUGAACUCAAGACUGUGCCCAUGGCCGUGGGGAUGGGAGUUCUUACCACCUGUAACUACGAGGCUCGGAAAUAUGGUUGUCGCAGUGCCAUGGCAGCAUUUGUGGCCAAGAAACUAUGCCCUCAGCUGGUCUGUCUACCAUUGAACUUUGACAAAUACACAGCCAAGGCGAAAGAAGUGAGGGCUAUCCUCGCAGAGUAUGAUCCCCGCUUCGAGAGCUCUAGCAUCGAUGAAGCCUACAUGAAUAUUACAGGGUACUGCAAUACUCACCGGCUAGACCCGGAGGCCGCAGUUGAACAACUCAGAAAGGAAGUUCACGAGAAGUGCAAGAUCACAAUCUCCGCCGGUAUUGCGCCCAAUGCCAAAUUGGCCAAGAUCUGUUCCAAUAAGAACAAACCAAAUGGGCAAUUUCGAAUUCCCAAUGAUCGGGCUGCCAUAAUGUCGUUCAUGGCUAUACUGCCGGUGCGCAAGGUUAACGGUGUCGGUCGUGUCUUUGAGCGAGAGCUCGACGCUAUUGGCAUUAAAACAUGUGGCGACAUCUAUCUUCAGCGGGCAUACCUUUAUAAGCUGUUUGGCGAGAAGGCAUUCCAGUUCCUAAUGCACACCUACCUUGGUCUUGGGCGCACAAUCGUGCAGCCUGCUGAGGAAUAUGAACGCAAGAGCGUAGGAACAGAAAGCACGUUCCGCGAUAUCAGGAAUAAACAAGAACUUCGCGAGAAGCUUCGCCGCACAGCCGAGGAACUGGCAAAAGAUAUGAUUCGAGUCGAGGUCAAAGGCCGGACCCUGGUGUUGAAGGUCAAACUUCACACCUACGAAGUCUUCACGCGACAAGUUGCCACCCCAAAGGCGGUCCACCUCGCAGACGAUCUCUACAAUUACAGCCUCCCGAUGUUGGUGAAGCUCGAAAAGGAGAUCCCGGACUUCCGGCUCCGCUUGAUGGGACUACGGUGCACCCAUCUAGUCAGCACGAAAAAGGGGAGUACCGAUUUCUUCCGCCGAAAACCCAGCAACGACAACUCCUUCACAGGAAAGUCAGCAGAUGAUGCCAAGUGGGAAGUGUGGCCUGACUCAGAGUUCGAAGAAGCGGCGCGCCAGGAGAGACAGGAGGAGAUUGAAGAGCUGGAGCGUCUGAGUCAAGAACAGCAGCAUGAACAAACCCAAGACCAGGAUACCCACACACCAGUGCCAGAUGCCUCUAUUUCCACGGCUGACUGGCAUGAACCCUUUGGCAGGUACAAGUUUGGCAGCGAGCCAACCUCGCCGGCAGCAUCACCUCCAGCCAAGCAUGGACGAGUGCUAAAUAAAACUGCUUCAUCGGGCUUGAACGAUGAGCACAAGCAAGAAGCAGUAUGGGACUGUCCAAUUUGUCAACUCCCGCAGCCAGCGAAUGACAGGGAGUUUAACAGCCACAUUGAUCUAUGUCUUUCGCGACAGACGAUCAAAGAGGUCGUCGCCGAGGCGCACGGAUCCACACUCGCAGGCCCUAGCAGAGCAUCACCCGACGCAGGUGUGCCAGAUAGGCCGAGGUCUGCCAACGGGAUGAAGGCGAAGAGAAAAGUCUCGUCCAGUAACCUAGCAGGGCCGGACGUGGCUGGCGGGAGGAGACAGAAGAGAUUAUUCUUCACAUGA